UCAUUUGUGCAAGCAUGCAAGAGAAUCCGGCGAUUUCUCGUGAGCUCGCUGAAUCCAUACGAGGAGGAAGAGUCAGAACGCUUUGGCAUGAGAGAAAUACGCCACUGACGACACCGCUGUCCAUGGACUGCCACCAGAAAAAGCCGCUAAUGCCGCGCAUCGCCGAGCUGAUACAGUUCAGUUGAGAACAAAGAGUGGCAUUGAAACGAAGUGUUGCCGUGCGUUAGCAUAAAAGCAAGGAGGAGAAUUUCAUUUGUGAAUUGAUACUUAGUAACCGUGGAGAUAAGCGCGUCGUGCUGCAGUGCAAAUACUCGUACGCAAUUCAGCUACAAAAUGUUGCGCGCGCAUGAUUACGUUUUUGUUUACGGUAUACUUAUAGUCGCGUAUAGUAUAUUUGCCGCGUCUGCGGCGUAUAUUGGCGUGGAAGAUACAGUAGAUGCGAAGUACAUGAAACAGCUGCUUGGCAAUUUGAAUACGAGCGUUGAUCCGUGUGAAGAUUUCUACGCUUACGCAUGUGGCAAUUGGGCACAACACCACGACAACGAUGCUUACGUAGAUGUGCCAGGCUAUAUGGACUAUGAAGUCAACAAGCAAUUGUUGAACGCAUUGCUUGCCGAUAGAGCAGCAAAUAAGAGCGGGAUAGCGCAGCAGGCCUGGCAGUACUAUGGAUCAUGUUUGAAUCUAAGCGCGCCCGCAUUAAAUAGCUUUCUGCGCCACGUGCAACAGGCCUUGCACUUUGAGUGGCCUAUAUUGCGCGCUGACUGGCCACGACCUUGGCGGAAUGCCACACAAUUCGAUUGGCUGCGCGUGGUGGGUGGCUUGCGCGCCUACGGACUGAACGGCAUAUUCAUAACGCACGACGUCAAUGUGCGCCUCACCAAUGCCACGCACUACCUGUUAGAGCUGCACGCCCAACAGUCGCCGGCUGUGGCGCCGCCCACACUACGUUUGUGGCAAGAGGAUGUUGAAGGCAUAUUUAUUAAUUUCGGUUUGCCGACACCGCAGGCGCGAAAUGUCAGCGCCGCUGUCAUGGCGCUGGAGAAGUCAUUGAAUGAUGCCUUAAGCACACUUACGUUGCUGCCGCCUUCAAGCGCUUCAAAUGUCAGCGAAGCAAAUGCAACGCGCGCAAACUUCACGAGCUUAGAGAUGAACGUAGACGAUUUGGUGCAGUUGGUACCACAAAUUGAUUGGCGCAGCUAUCUGCAACAUACGCUUGGGCGCGAGGUGGACUCGGCGCAACAACUGCUGCAAACCUACUCCUACGAUUUGCCCUACUUUCGCAAAUUGCCCGCCCUACUUGCCGCGCACUCGAAUGAGACGAUCGCCUACUAUAUAAUGCUAAAGUUUAUGUAUCAAUUGACGGGCGAUUUGCCAACCGGUAUGUCUGAUGCGCAGAAAGCCACGCAUUGCAUACGUCUGCUGCGUGGCUACAUGCCGCUGGCGGCCAAUUAUCUAUACGAGGAGCAUUACUACAAGCAUAGGCGCGUGGCGAGUGACGCCGCGCUGCAAGGCACGUUCAACAAGUUGCGCGAUAACUUCGCACUUUUGGUCGACGCUAAUACUUUGCAGUUAGACGCCGUUGAGCGUGCCUACAUACUCGCUGAACUGGACGGCAUGCAGCUACGCAUAGGGAAUGUGCCACAUGGCGCGGCGAAUUUGACUGCUGAAGUCGAGGCAUACUAUGCGGAUAUAAAUAUGAACGCCAGCGACUUUUACGGCAAUCAUUUGCAGCUCAUCCAUAGCAGUGUGCGACGCAUGCAGGCGAGGCUGUUGAACAUACCGCGCGCGGCAAAUGAGACUCGGCAACCGAUUUACGAGCAUAGUUUCGAGACGUCAACCUCGUCAUCGCCGAUUAAGAUCUUUGAUAACGUGGUGCUUGUACCUUAUGGCUAUUUGCAGUUGCCGCUUUAUGAUCACCGUUUGGACGCACUGUUUCAGCAUUCUCUUAUUGGCUUCAUUCUGGCGCACGAGAUUAUGCACGCUUACGAUCUCUUUCACAUUAUCUACGAUCAGCAUGGCAAUUUUAAUGAGUUAGGCUUGCAUGUGGCGCAACAUUAUUGGGGCUUUAUCAACUGCACGCGCCAAACAGAGUUGAAUGACGUGCUCUCCGAGAAUAUGGCCGAUGUGUCGGGCCUACGUCUGGCGUAUCAAACCUACUUUGGGUUGAGCGAGAUUGGCACGGCUGCAGAGCAUUCAAACAAUACUGGUGCAGUUGAGCCUAAAGCUGAAAGUGUCUCCUCUACCAAGAGUCAACAACAUCAAAUUGUCAGCAGUGGUAAUGAAAUCCCGAAUGGCUACGCAAAAUCUUCUCCAGUCGACGCUGCGUCUCGCUUAUGGCUCGGUAAUUUCACGCGCCCGCAACUGUUCUUUAUAAAUUCGGUGCAGUUUUUGUGCGCCAACAUGCCGCGCAUCGAGGCGUUGAAUGUGCAACCGCUGCACCUCGGCCAUGACAUGCACGAUGUGCGUGUGCGACGUAACUGGCUGAAUUUGGAGCACUUUGCGCACGCUUUUCAGUGCGCACGUGACACACCAAUGAACCCGACCGAGAAAUGCCGAUGGUGGUAACAGCGAAUGGUGCGACUGUCCUCCGAAGAUGCCGUUUGUUCUUAAGCGGAUUAUAGUUUUCUAUUUGCGACAGUUAUGGUUAUGGCAACAUGUGUUUACUUUAUGGUUCUGUAUUGCCUUUCGUCAGAUGUCGAUACUCAGUCUUCUUUAUUUAAUAUUAACUUUUAAACGCCUUACUGUAUGCAAUGCUUUUAUAUUGCUUUUAAUAUCAUUUAAUUAUGAGUAAAAACAAAGCUAGAUCGCUUACCUUUUGUGGCGAUUAUUUAUUUGCUCGGUAGUGGAAUAUUAUUUCUGAAAGCAAAAGGAAAUACGAUGUUAACUAAAAUACUCAAGAAAUUCUAAAU